AUGGGUCAAAUCUUUGUGUCAUUGAAAGCAACUGGAGAAGAUCAAGUAAUGUUAGAAGUGCAGUUCCUUCCACUUCCUUCGAGACCGAGUACAUCGGUCGAUCAUCAACAGGACCGAACUGGUCGACAUGUGUUUAUAUCUCUCCGGACGUCCGGGACACGCAAGCACGUUAAACGUAGGCUAGCUAGGGCUGAGCGGUUUCGGCCAACCGUACUCGCUUCUUCGUGUUACCAUUCAGGCCAUGGGACCAACCAAACGGUGUCGCCUGAAAUGAGGGCUUACAAUCUCUUCAAGCAAUUUCUUGUACACUGCUUUUCUCCAAGCGUGCUUUCCAAACAGCAUAUUUUACAAGGUGGCGGCAUAUGUGCACAGCAUAGUAGGAACAUUCGUUCGUCGUGCCACUGCCGGCGGACCAAUGAUCAGUGCCACAAUACAAUAAACGUAUGUCGGGUCUUUACUUCCGUUCUUAGUUGUGCUGACUCUCCUUUUAUCAGUGUCCCGAACGACGAUGAGCGCCUAUGUUCAUACACAUUGGCGGCGUUCCUGCUUGCGAGCAAGUCCGAAAUGGGGCAUCGCGUUUUUGUAUCCACGACCGAUCCCACCGGUGAGACAGAAACAGCCAAGAGUGUCCUGAUCUUUCAUGAAGGGAGGCGUUUUGCACUGUUGACAGUUCAAAAUGGACCACUUCUGUCCCGUUUGUCGCGGAAACACGUCGCAAGUGUAAAGGCGGAAGGACGUAAUAUUCUGCAUCCGACGUUGGAGAGCUACUAUCCAGUACCAACACGUCCCGGAGACUCGCCACUUCGUGUCAGGUUCGCUGAGAAUUGA